AUGGCGUCGCUUUUGCGGCAACUCGUAGCCGGCCCUCGCGCCAGGCAUGCUGAAGCUGGCCUCGACCUGUGCUAUGUGACCGACAACAUAAUCGCUACUUCGGGCCCUAGUGGCACCUACCCGCAGCGCGCCUAUCGCAACCCGCUUGACUCGCUCGUAAAGUUUCUCGACUCGAAACACGGCGACGAUUGGGCCAUAUGGGAGUUUCGCGCUGAAGGGACGGGCUACCCCGACUCGGAGGUCUACGGUCGCGUCUACCAUUAUCCCUUCCCCGAUCACCACCCGCCGCCUUUCGCCCUGAUACCGAACAUCAUGGCCAGCAUGCGCAACUGGCUUCAUGAGAAGGAGGGGCGGGUCGUCGUCGUACAUUGCAAGGCCGGGAAAGGGCGAUCGGGAACUGCUAGUUGCAGUUACCUCAUCAGCGAGGAAGGCUGGCCGGUGCACAAGGCUCUGGAUCGCUUCACCGAGCGGCGCAUGCGACCCAACAUGGGCAAAGGCGUCAGCAUCCCCAGCCAACUCCGAUGGAUAGACUACGUGGAUCGCUGGGCCAAGCACGGCAAGUUGUAUGUCGAGCGGCAGGUCGAAAUACUUGAGGUGCACUGCUGGGGUCUCAGAGACGGUGUCAAGAUCCAGAUCGAGGGCUUCGUCGAGGAUGGCAAGCUCAUCAAGAACUUCCACACCUUCACCCGCGACGAGAGGGAGAUUGUGCGGGGCGAAGUCAAGACUACCGGCAUGGCACAGGCAGUGCAGGAGGUCAUGUACAAGAACGGCUUCGGCCCAUCCAAGACGAGCGAAGGUCCCAAGAAUGGCUCCACUUCCUCCCUCGAGCAGCAGCAGCAGACCAAUGUCGAUGGCGCCACGGCCGAGCCAAGAUCAUCGCGCGAGAGCCUACCCACAGGCACAGGCGACGUUGUUUUCCGACCUUCCAAGCGCGUAGUCCUGCCCACCAACGACAUCAACAUUGACGUCGAGCGUCGUAACAAAGCCGCCUUCGAUCUGACCAUGGUCACAGCUGUCGCACACGUGUGGUUCAACACAUACUUCGAAGGAAACGGUCCUGAGCAGAACGGCAAUGUCGACCAGUCGGGCAUCUUUGAGAUUGCAUGGGAAGCCAUGGACGGCAUUAAAGGCUCAUCCCGAAAAGGCACACAAGCUUUCGAGCGCAUAGCCGUAGUCUGGCGCGCACUCUCUAGCGAAGAGGGCCGACCUGGUGUUGUCAUUACAGAACCGAAGGAGGGUGAGCCAGUGCAACAAGCCGAGCCCGCAGAUUGGAGGGGUACCAAGGGCGUGGAGCCGUCCGAAGACAAAGAUCUAGGUGUCCGCACAGCGAGCCCACCCAACGAGAAGUCCGAUAUCAGCCGAGCGAACAGCGUCCGAAGCGAGAACAAGAAGGGUACCACCAUUGUCGAAGCUCCCGGUCGGAGGGACAGCGGUGAUAGUGACACCAAGCAUGUCCGACCACAUGGCCCGAAUGGGGAAAGAGUCUUAAUGGAGCCGAACGGUUCUGCUUCUCGAACAAGCACAGACGCGACAAGGAGUGGGCCGACAACAGCAAUCUCAGACCCCACGCAACCAGAUCGUCCUGACAAUUCUAGUCAUAUUGCUAGCCACUCGCGAUCCGCAGACCAGCCUACUGGGUCACACCAGAGCGGGGGCCACAUUGGCGGAAUUGCAGAGAGCUUCAAGUAUCACGUCUCAGGAGCAGCUCAUACCAACGAUUUACCUGAUGGAAAGCCUGAGAGUGAGAUGAAGGAUGCGAAGGAGCAUGGCCUUGGGCACAUGCAUUUUGGCAAGAAAAAGACGAGUUCGUAG